GCGUCUCUUGUAUGGAGAAACCGAAAAAGAAAAUACAGCAGAAUUUUCAUCGAACAAUCAUCACGUUAUUGUGAUACGGAUUUGGAAAACACUGGGGUCAGCCUCAGAGAAAGGAAAUUUUCCUCUUUCUCGUUCCCCGUUUGUCUCACAGAUCAGCAGAUGGAGCGUGCUUAGUGUAUCAUCUUUGUCUUUUUUUAUCCAUUCUCUGUGUGUUUUGAGCAUGAACUGGCAAGGAUCGGUGCAAGUAGCAAGCGUUUGGACUUCCAUUUUCAUCUUUGCUACCGCCGCGCGCUUGCGAUUCCUCUCGUGGCCUUAUCGCGAUAAACCGGGGCUGGUGGGUUUCGGAUUUCUCGCUAUACUAGCGAUAUUCAUGCAUGCACACAAAGUCGCUGCCUUAUGCAUGCAAAGGCGUGGAUUCUGUGGUAGCGAGCACUCUAGACUGGUCUAUUUGCGCCUGUUUCUUCUCAAUCUAGACUCUGCGUUCUGAGAUCGUCGUGGUGUCCUCUUUCGCUGUGCGCGGACGAAAGGACUGUCUGAGCUGUUUACAAUAAUAGCCUUACCUUACCACUUUUGUUAUAUUGUAUGUUGCAGCAUAAACCGCUCACGACUAGUCUCGCAGUAGUAUGCGGUGGACAUGCGGCAAGCACUGAAUUAGUAUAUUUAUUCAUGAG